AGAAAUUGCUAGGAAUAAGUUCAAGCAAUAUGUCAACACACUCGCAAACAUCAGCCAGGAAGGGGGAGAGAAAUACCUGGUCCUCAAGAGAAAAUUCCGAGUGGGAACUCCUCUCUCCGAGUCCGAGUACCUGAGCCCCAACAGCUCGCCCUUGGCGCCUCGCUUCGCCAGCCCUGGAAGCCAGUACAACAUCUACGGGACGCCGCCGCACCCCGCCGGCGCCUUCAGCCCACAGGCCUUCAGCCCCUCCACGCCCCGCCGCUCCGCCCUCCUACAGGACGACCCCGCCGUACAGGGCUCCGCCGCCCUACAGACCUCCGCCCGCGGCGCCCCCCACACUCCCGGGCUAUUCAGAAGACGUUCCCUACGGCGGGGACGAGCGGAGGCGGCCGCCCCCGCCGCACUUCAACGGGCGUCACCAAGGCGGGGGAGACCCAAGGUACCCUGGGGAGCCCGUGGCGUACCCGGGCCCUCCCUACCUGUUCAGCCGAUGUCUUCCGUUGCCUCUCCUCCGAAGAUGCUCCGCGUCCGGCGGGCGACGACGUCACCUCUGGCGCCACCACGCUCUCCGCCGCCACCACCGCGUCGUCCGCGUCCACGCCCUCGUCCGACGAGCCGCCGCCGCCCGUGCCGCCCAGGAAGCGGCCCGGCGACAACAAGGAGAACCAGAGCCGUCCCCGAGGGCGAGGAGCCCGAGGCAAGGUCGUGGGCGGCACUAACGGCGAAGGCAGCGCUGACGCCGUGGACAAUGGCACGCGGAGGCGGCGGCGGCGGCGGAGGCACUGCGGAGGACGAGCGGAAAGUGUCGGUGAGGGAGGCCACGCAGAGGUUCAACCGGAUGGCCUCCGAGUCGCAGCUCAUCUCCUCGCGCGCCUCCUCCAAGAGCAACCGCAGCUCCCGGAGCGACAGGGACGACGAUGACUCCUCUUCCAUUCACUCGUACGGUCCCGAGGGUCAGGAGUGGAUCCUUGCCGCGGCGAAGAGUGACUUCAACGAGAUACUCCGGUUGCUGAAGAUACACCCGACGCUCGCCAAAUACAAGUAAAAGAAGCGGCUGGUUUCCUGCGCAUUGGGUCUCUCAACGUGAAGGUCCGGAAAACAACGGAGGCCUUCAAUAACUUGCUAUCACGUGAGGUGGAGUCGAAGUUGCACCGUAGUUGGGGCUCCAGCGACUCCAUACCUGAUGCAGAUAAGGAAUCCAAGUCCAUGCCGCCACCAAAGUUUGGACCCAUCAAGAAGAGAAAAACCAAGAGAGACCGUGACUUUGUAGCCAGCCGUCCCGUGUCAGCAUACCCAGCCUUGGCUCCUACGGAAGAGACCACCUCUACCUCCUCCACUGCUUCCACAGUGCCGCCUAUAAAUGCCGACUCUGACUCUGACUCCGCUUAUGGCUUUGGAUCUGAAUGGCAUUAACAAUAUUCUAAUGCUGUUCAGAUAAAUGGCUUUAUUGGCAGCAUUUUUGCAGACAGUGGAAUUCUAGCACCGUAUAUAUAUCUUCCGUAAUGAUAGACAUUGCUGUUAGGGGGUUAGAUAUCACUGCCUUGUCAGUGAAUGAUUUUUAGAAAUGGUAAUGAUUGAAGAAAUUUAAAGAUCUUAUUUAAUAUUAGGAGUUUGUUUGGAAAAGAAGAGCUAGUUUUAAGAGGCUUCUUUCUUAUUAAUAACACUGACAAGAUGUUUUUGGUUGAAAUUUUUAGUUUUUAGUUUAGUUUUAGUAUUAGAUUACUAAUGCAAAAUCUGUUUUAUUGAUUUUCAUAAGUGCAAUUUUUAAAAUCUCUCAUGACAUUCCUUUAUGGUUGUGUCUCCCAUGACCCAAAUUAGAACAUCUUGUACAGUUGAUUGGUCACAGAUCUGCCAAUAUUUUACUAAAAUACUCAUACAAGAUGCCAUCUUUGCUCCCUCUUUAUGCUGUUGUCUAUUAAACACUAACAGUGGAUAGAGAUCUGACUAGAUUUAUAUAAAGGAUUAUAGUGAAUUUUACUUGCAAUAUGUUAGAUUGUUACAAGAGUAGUUCUGUGAGUAACCAUUUGUACUUAAAAUGAUUAGGAGAAGUGAUUGAAUCAGUAUUCUUGGUAACUAUGUCACAAAAUUUAAUAGAUGAAAGGAAGUGGUAAUGAAAAAGUUUCCUUAAGUCUCGGUCAGCGAACAUGCACACUAUGGAAGGUUACACCAAAUAGUUCCAGAGCACAAAUCAGCUCAAAGUUAACCAAAGGAUAGCAUUUUUCUUUCUAUUCUCUUUGGCACAUUCAAGAGUGAAAUCCUAUAGAGGAAAUCCUCAUGUGUGCUAAAAUGCUUGGUAUUACUUCUCUUGCUUUAUAGUCACUAUUAUUGUAACUCAAUUUUGAGUGCUUUUAGUGAGAAGCUCAUCACCAGUCAUGGCAAUAAGUGAAAAACACAAAAAAAUGUUAUUUAGUGUCUCAAGUUAUAUUUAGAUGUUUAUUUAUUUGUUUUAGCUCUUUGUCUCUAUACAUGUACAAUAAUAUCACUAUGCAGAUUUUUAGGUAAUUAUUCUCUCUUCUACAAUUAAUUGUUUCCUUUCUUUAUGUGGUCUGUCACUUUUAUGUUUAUAUUUACGAGAAGUUGCAAAAUAAUUUAUUUUUUAAUUGAUCUGAUGUUGAUAAUUGGUAUAUCAAAGUGUGAUGGAUACUCAGUUGAAAUUGACCCCAAGACUGUUUCUUUUAGGAUGCUGUGAGUGCUCUUUUGUGUGCGUGUUAAUUGGAACAGAGCAGCUCACCGUUGUAAAUUUAUAUGAGUAUCCUAUUUGGAAUCAGUUUUGAUGAUAUUGUUUGAAAUAUAUGAGGAGAUAUCAUUCUCUUUUAAUAGUUUCA